GGUACGUGACUUCCACUUCCAGUCGCCAGCUUCAAUGGCCGCUGCCAGAUUCGGUGUCCUGCCGAGUUUGUUGAUCUGCCCGUAAUCACCAACGACGCAAAACCGGCCGGGGCAACAUGUCGGUCCUCUUCCGAAGCCUGCGUCACCCGUGGUGGCGUCAACAACCGCAAAGAGUAAGCCUCGAGUGCAAGCUCCUCUGUUCCAUCCCGUCCAAGCUCCUCGGCGGUCUCGAAGAGCCCGUUGACGAGCCUGACCACAACCUCUUGCGGCCGCUCUACAUGGACGCGCAGGCGACGACGCCGAUGGAUCCGCGCGUUCUCGACGCGAUGCUGCCCUACCUCAUCAAUAACUACGGCAACCCGCACUCGCGGACCCACGCGUACGGCUGGGAGAGCGAAGCGGCGGUCGAGAAGGCCCGUCGCCAGGUCGCGGACAUCAUCGGCGCGCAGCCCAAGGAGAUCAUCUUCACGAGCGGCGCCACCGAGUCCAAUAACAUCUCGGUGAAAGGGGUGGGCCGCUUCUACGCGGAGAAAAAGAAGCACAUCAUCACGACGCAGACGGAGCACAAGUGCGUCUUGGACUCGUGCCGCGCGUUGGAAGCCGAAGGCUUUGACAUCACCUACUUGCCGGUCCAACGCAACGGCCUGGUGGACCUCGGCCAACUCGAAGCCGCCAUAAGACCUGACACCUCUCUGGUGUCCGUCAUGACGGUGAACAACGAAAUCGGCGUGGUGCAGCCGAUCGCCGAGAUCGGCGCCACCUGCCGGAAGAAGAAGGUGUUUCUCCACACGGACGCCGCCCAGGCGGUCGGCAAGAUCCCCGUGGACGUCAACGAGAUGAUGGUUGAUCUGAUGUCCAUCAGCGGGCACAAGAUCUAUGGUCCCAAGGGGGUGGGCGCCCUCUACCUGAGGCGGAGGCCGCGCGUUCGGGUGGAAGCCAUUCAGAGCGGAGGCGGGCAAGAGCGCGGGAUUCGCAGCGGCACUGUCCCAACGCCUCUGGCGGUAGGCCUAGGAGCCGCGUGCGAAGUGGCGGCGAAGGAAAUGGAGUACGACCACCGCCAUGUGUCCAGGCUGUCAGACAUCCUCGUUUCGCUGAUUACCAGCGAACUGACCCACGUGGUCCGCAACGGAGAUCCGCAGAGGACUUACCCCGGUUGUGUCAACCUGUCCUUUUCGGCGGUUGAGGGCGAGAGCUUGCUGAUGGCAAUGAAGGACGUGGCGCUGUCCUCCGGCUCAGCCUGCACAUCCGCUUCCCUGGAGCCCUCUUACGUACUGAGGGCCAUCGGAGCAGACGAAGAUCUCGCCCACUCUUCGAUCCGGUUUGGGAUCGGGAGGUUCACUUCAGAGGAGGAGGUCGUCUACACCGCCAAGAAGUGCAUUGACGAAGUCAAGAAGUUGCGGGAAAUGAGUCCGCUAUGGGAGAUGGUUCAGGAAGGCAUCGACCUCAAGUCGAUACAGUGGACGCAGCACUGAAUCUCUAAAUUGUCCGUCCUUCAAAAUGGUUGAGGCCCUUCCUACGUUUUGGAUCGAGGUACCACCAAAUGACUCGAGAGGAAAAGAACAUGCAUGAAGGCUGUUCUGUUCACCGAGCAUAGAAAAAAGUGACUUUAUUUGCUUGCAGAACUUUUCGAGGGAAGAGAGCAGCGUUUAGUAUGGGCAGUGUGUCGGAAAAGGCUAUCUUCGGCUUCUCACAAACUUUGGUUUGAGUCAUCGUAAUGCUGAUCAACUGACUCGGCGUAAAAACUGUUUGCAGUCUGUUCCCUUCCACAGGCAUCUGUGGAAUCUUCAUGUUUGGCCAACGUUAGCCGCUGAAAGCCGUCUCUAGUGAGUGAAAGACAAUGACUGUGAGCAGUUGGGGCUUCUGACUGUUCAGCUAGCUUGCUGAUGUAAGAUGACAGCAAUGUUAUUGCUGCCUCGGUUUGUGGUUUGGCCUGGAAUGGUGUAGAGUCGGACACCACUUCAAGACAAAUUAGUCUUUAAGAGAACUGUAUUGAAGAUCGCCGAAGUGGUUAAUAUGAGUGAGAUACCGAGUCUAGUCGGAAAGUUUGCUGCAAGUGUUGGAUAAAGAGGAUUGAUGUCGUUGAUACAAGAUUCUUGUUUGAAAACAUUUUCUUUUGGUUUUGAAUAGAAGGGUUUCAGCGCACAUAACUUUUUGUGCGUUGUGGGUCAGACGGGUUGAUGGUCUCUUAUUUUUUCUGUGAUGUAUGCAGCUUCGUAGCUCUUCUUCAUCUGUAUUUAUGGCAAUAACCUGUCGUACUGGCCUGGUUGACUUUACAGAUAGUUUACUUCCCACGGACAGAUUCCAGCAGGAUUUUUUGUUUGUGUUCAUUACUCGACUUUUCCUGCUAGAUGGAGGUUCUCGUCCUAUUUAUCGCGGCACUGAAAAUUUACGCUUCCGAGAGUAUUUUUGUCUCGUCACUGUAAGAAGUAGUGUGAUAAUAAAGUAGACCAAGUUA